AUGUCUGUCCGCAACAUUACAAGAAUUUUUCUUUUGUUACUUGCUGGAGAUGUGGCCACAAACCCUGGCCCUGAGACUAAUGGUGCAGUAUUGAAUGAAUCUUGCAAAGUCUUUCUGCUACAUACUUCUGCAGAUUUCCAUCAAGCUUCUGAAAACCUGCCAAUGGAGGCUAGAGGUAGACAGUGUGUUCCUACUUGCCUUAUGUUUCUGAUUGCAGUCAAUUAUGUUAAACCAUGUUUGUUGUUCCAAGGAGAGGAUCUUAAUGAUGUCAUGUUUGCUGGAAGUUUUCUUUAUUGUGCUAUGUCUGAAAAACAACAUGACCUGGUUGGAUUAAUGGAUCCCACAACAUUCCCUGAACGCAUUGCAUACAAAGGGCACACAGUAUACUUCACACAUAAAAGAACGAUUACAGGGUUGAUGGACAAAGUCAUUCCAGUUGAAAGUUCAUCGGUUUGUAUUAAACUUGAAGAUGCUUUUCUUCAAGUGUAUUCCGCACAAGCUUUAAAUCUCAUUAUCAUUUUUAAUGAAAUGUCACUUGCUAUUUAUAAAGAUAAGUUUAAGAAUCAGUUUUAUGUAUUUGAUAGUCACUCGCGAAAUAAGGAAGGAUUAAUGUGUGGAGAUGGUCAUUGUGUUCUUGGUAUUGUUAACUCCAUUUCUGACUUAUGCUGUUUUCUCCGUCAGCUUCUAGAUUCUUGUAAAAAAGAUGCUGCCUGUAUUCAGUUUGACUUGCAUGUGUUAUCUUUAAGAAAGAAAUUCAUACUUUUAUUACCUACAGCUUUCUGUGUGAAAAUUCUUGACAAUAGAAAAGGUUUUGAAAUCCAAAGGAUCAGGAAACGGAAAAAUAUCUCAAAUGACUGUCAAGAAAAGCAAAAUAAAAAACAAAUGGCUACAGGGUUAAUGAAAGGGAAGUCUCCUAGAAAUGCAUUUGAUGAUAGAAAUGUUUUUGAAUAUACAAUGCUAAGCCAUGAUAGUCAUAAUUUUGCAGCUAGCAUGGUUGGUGAUCUUUUAUCAUCAUUUGAUGCACUAAUUUCAUAUGGUCCAGAUUAUGUUUGUACUUGCUGUACUCAAACAUUUUUUCGCCAUUUUAUGCGAAAGAUUGAACAAAUCCCAGAUUUAAAAAAAACCUUGAUAGCAAAAUUCUGUACCCAGUACAGAAGUUUUGACAACUUUGAAUGGAUAUGUAAAACUUGCUUGGAAUGCGCAAGUAAAGGCAAGACUCCAAAGUUAUGGAUACACAAUGGUUUAAAAUUUCCUACAAAACCAAAGGAACUGGACCUCUCCAACCUUGAAGAAAGGCUUGUUUCACCAAGAAUACCUUUUAUGCAGUUGAGACAAAUGCCAAGAGGUGGGCAAGUUAGUAUGAAAGGAAAUAUUGUUAAUGUGCCAGCAGAUGUAAGUGGUACUAUAAAGUCAUUGCCAAGGAUGAUUGAUGAAAAUGAAACCAUUAUGCUUAAAUUAAAAAGGAAAUUAUCGUACAAACAUCAUGUGGCAUUUGAAAAUAUUAGGCCAAAUAAAGUAUACCAAGCAGCAAAAUGGCUGGUUUCAAAUAGCGAACUAUUUAAAAAUGAGGGUAUAUUUGUAAAUGAGACUUGGCUGCAGCAACAACAUGGUUUCAGUGAUACAGAAAAUGAAGACUCUGUUUUGCAAGAUGAACUUGGUGAUCAGUGCAAGUCAGAUGAUGAUUGGACUGAGGAUGACAGCUUUGUUGACAGGCCAACUGGUAAUUUAGACACUUUCUUACAAAAUGCAGAUUUUAGGGAAUUCAAUCAAGUACUAUCAGUUGCACCAGGUGAAAACAACUCUCCAAUUGGGCUUUUCCAAGAUUAUCAUUCAGAGAUCUUCUCCUUUCCAACAAUAUUUUGUGGCCAGGCUAGAGUAGGUAAUCAUCAAAGGCAUGUAUCAUUGCAUUACAGUGACAUUUGUAAAUGGGAGCUCAGAAAUGUAGAUAGGCGUGUUGCACUUUGUGUCCCAAACAUCUUUUUCAAACUUAAGAGACUUCAAAUCAAACAAGUAAGAGACAAAGUCUUACUUGCUGUAAGAAAAUGUAAAACAAAUAACCAAAGAUUCACAGCUGCUGAUAUUUUGACUCCUGGUUUUGUUGAAAAGCUAACUAUGCAGGAUGAUGGUUACAGGGUCCUUCGAACAUUGCGUGGAUCUCCACCUUAUUGGGAAGCAGCAAAACGAGAUGUUUUUGCUAUGAUACGACAACUAGGCAUACCUACUUGGUUUUGUUCCUUCUCUGCAGCAGAAACUAAAUGGAAACCAUUGUUGAACUCUCUAUCAAAACUUAUACACGGUCGAGGUUUGUCAUCAUCUGAGAUAGAUGAUCUUUCUUGGCAGGAGAAAUGUAAUCUCAUAAAGUCAGAUCCAGUAACAUGCGCAAGGUAUUUCCAACAUAGAGUUCAAGUUUUUAUUAAGCAUGUUCUUAAACAUCCCUGUCAACCUAUUGGGGAAGUGCUUGAUUAUUUUUAUCGAGUUGAAUUCCAACAACGUGGCUCACCUCAUAUUCACAUGAUAUGUUGGAUUAAAGGAGCUCCAGUGCAUGGAUUAUCAUCUGAUAUUGAAGUGUCAGCUUUUGUAAACAAAUAUGUUACCUGUUUAAAGGAUGAUUCUAUCCCUGAAUAUGUUAAUUACCAGACACACCGUCAUGCUCCAACUUGUAGAAAACAGGGCAAGGCCAUUUGUCGCUUUGAUUUCCCCAUACCUCCAAUGCCUGAAACACAUGUGUUACAUCCCCUUGUUGAUCAAAACAACUCUCUUUACACCGAGAUGUAUGAACGUGUUAUCCAGUUCUUAAAUAAUCUUCACAAGGAUGAUAAGACUGAUAUUACAUUUAAUGAUUUCUUGGCAGAACUAGAAAUAGAUUAUGAAACAUACCUUCUUGCUGUUCGAUCUUCGCUAUCACGACCAAAGGGCCAGCGUGGACUUUCAAAUCUUCUUCAAGCUGCUUGCGUUGAAGCAAGUGAAAUGGAUAGUGACAUUAGGCAAAAAGUAAGAAGAAUUGGAAAUCAAUUUCUGUCAAGUGUUGAGAUAGGUGCACAAGAAGCUGUUUUCCUGGCUUUGCAAAUGCCUCUUAGGAAAAGCACAAGGGAUGUUAUUUAUGUUGAUACAAACAGACCAGAGAAAAGGACAUCACUUUUAAAGCCAUUGUCAGAGUUAAAAGAGCUUCCAUCAUCAUCAAAAAAUAUUGAAAUGGAUAAUGUCCUUAAAAGGUAUAAAAGGAGACCAAAAAGUAUAGAGAAACUUUGUUAUGUUGAUUUUGCCUCGUGGUAUGAAUUGUGCAAAAGGCCAGCAAAGAAACAUAUUGACUUGAGCAAUGAAAAUGAAUUACCUGAAAAUGAAUACAUUCUUGAUGAAGAUGAUAAUGUAGAGGAGGAAGACAUUACCAAUGAAAGCCAGUGCAAUAUUAUAGAAUUUACUUGUGGAACUCAAAUAAGGAAAAGAAAACAACAGAAAGUCAUUUAUAGUCAUUCAACACCAAUUAAUCAUGACCGCCAGGAACAUUUUAGAGAGAAAAUCAUGCUGUAUACACACUGGCGAGAUGAAGAUGUUGACUUGCUUGGAGGUUUUGAGUCUUUUGAAGCCUGCUAUAAUGCAAAGAUUGCUGAAAUAACUGAAAACAGACAGAAUUUUGAAAAAAUUGAUGAUAGCUUCUAUGACAAAAUUUUAGAUGAUAUUGACUCUGAUAACCUGAUCACAACAAUUAACCCAGAAGCAAAUCACCAGGAUUUGAUAGAUGCAGAUGAAGGUCCAUCUAGAUCUGCUGAACUGGGAUGUUUUGAUCCAGGAUGCGAAAUAGGUUCAGCAGGUGACUAUGAUCUCGGAGAGGACUUGGGAAUAAGCAGAACAAGGGUUAAUUGUGAAGCCCUCCCGCAGAAAGAAUUGGAUAAUGACCAGUUUUUAAAAUGCAUUCAAAAUUUAAAUUUUGAGCAAAAGACAUUCUUUAAUCAUAUUGUUCAUAGGGUGAAAACCAAUUCUCUACCAUUUCAUACAUUUCUUUCUGGUGGAGCAGGUUGUGGUAAAACUGUUGUUAUUAAAUCUAUUUAUCAAGCCUUGUUCAAGUAUUUCAGUCAUCAACAAGGAAAAGAUCCAUCAAACUUGAAAUUGUUGUUGUGUGCUCCUACUGGAAAAGCAGCCCAUAAUAUUGGUGGGAAUACAAUACACUCAGCUUUUUGUAUUCCUGCAAAUCAGGGUUUUCAUUUCAAGCCUUUAGAUAUGCAGCAGCUGAACACAAUGCGAGCUCGUUUUCAUGAAUUAAAAGUUGUUAUAAUUGAUGAAAUAUCAAUGGUUGGUCGAGGGAUGUUUAAUUUUAUUAACUUAAGGUUGCAAGAAAUUAAAGGUUGUACACGGCCAUUUGGAGAUGUAAGUAUUCUAGCAGUUGGAGAUUUGUAUCAGUUAAAACCAGUUCAUGAUUCUUGGAUAUUCUCUCAAAAGUAUUCACGGCCAGACUUAACAUGUUUGGGGACAAAUCUGUGGAUAGAUUUAUUUGAUUUUUUUGAAUUGACAAAGAUUAUGAGACAAAAAGAUGAUCUUGAAUUUGCCAAUCUUCUGAAUAGAUUACGUGAAGGUAAACAUACAGAGGAAGACCUCACAAUACUAACUAACAGGAAAAUAGAAAACUUGUCAGUAAAUUCUAAUGAUGUUCUACAUUUUCCACAUCUUUUCUGUACAAGGGCUGAUGUUAAUGAACAUAAUUUGAAUAUUCUUUCAAAUAUACCCACAACAAAUAAAAUAAACAUUGAGGCAAUUGACUCUGUAUCUGGUAAUAUUAGUCAGUCUUUGGCUGAUUCAAUUUUAUCAAGGAUACCACUUGACCCUAGUAAAACAAUGAGCUUACAGAAAAAUCUUGUUCUUGCUGUAGGACUUCCAGUUGAGUUAUGCUUAAAUGUAGAUACAAAUGAUGGUUUAACAAAUGGAGCAUCAUGUACUGUAAGAAGCUUUGACUUUAGAGUAGAAAAUUCUUCGAGAUGCAGUAUUAUUUGGGUAGAAUUUGACAGUGCUGAUAUUGGAAAACAAUGGCGUUUGAAAUACAAACAUUUGUAUAACAACUUGAUAUUGCCAUGCUGGACACCCAUUCUUGAAACUUGUAGAAAGUUUACAUAUCAGUAUCACAAAUCAUACUUGAUUGUGCGCCGGCAAUUUCCAUUGUACUUGUCAUCAGCGAAAACAAUCCAUAAGGCUCAAGGAUCAACCAUUCAGGGGGCAGUGAUGCAUUUUGGGAAAAGAAAGAUUGACCAUAUUCAUUAUGUUGGUCUAAGUAGAGUCACACAAUUAUCUGGUGUUCACAUUAUGGAACUAAAUCCAAACAAGAUAAGUGUUUCUUUUGAUGUUAAAGCUGAAAUGGAAAGACUUAGAAGUUCAAUGAAAUUACAAAGCAGUUUACCCAAUUUGUCUCAGUUUGAUGCAACAGUUAAUAAAAUAUGCUUCCAAAACUGUAGGUCCUUGAGAAAGCACAUUCAUGAUAUCAAGUUUGAACAUAACUUUCUUGUUUCAGAUGUUCUUGGUUUUGUAGAAACUAGAUUAACUGGUCCUUUACCUGAGCAGUACAGCAUAGAUGGUUUUCGUGUAUUGUCUUCCAAUUUUGGUCAGGCCUCACAUGGGAUAGCAAUUUAUUACAAGGAAAAUAUUAAUGUCUGUCAUUUCACUUGCCUUACUCAUUCUGACAUUGAAUGUGCUUUACUGUGUUUACAAGACAUAGUUAUUGGAUUUGUUUAUUGUCCUCCAGGGUAUGCUACUGUUGCAAAUUUUUCAGGGUUUCUAUUCAACAUUUUGGAAAUUAUUUCAAAAGAGUUUAAAGUGACUGGAAUUUUAAAAAAGCUUAUUUUAAUGGGAGAUUUCAAUUAUGAUUAUACUGAACACAAACCAGUUGCUAAACUUAUACAGGAAGUACUCAGUUCAGUUCAACUCAUUGAUUCAGUAACUACUGAUUAUGGCAGCUGUCUUGAUCAUAUUUAUUGUGGCGUGCCUAUGAAUAAAGUGCAAAAAUUUGGAGGUACAUGUCAGAUUGGUGAAUGUGAAAUUAAGAGGACCAUUUUUGAGAAUGCUUUUGUGAAUGGAAUCAACAGAGAAAAACUAAAGUCUAAAAUUUGA